UCACCAGUGUGACGUAGCGAGGUAGACGAGUCAUAAUACAGUAACAGCUGGUUAAAUAAACGCUACAGUGAAAUAAUUCAUCUCUGAUAUUUAACCUAACCGAAUCCGAUCAUUUAAUAGAAAAAGCAAGGUUGAACGCGUUCGUCAGAAAUACUAAUCUUCCAACCCGGUAUCCAAUUUCUAAAAUCUGAAAAUGUCAUGAAAAUCGCUUGAAAUCCGAACAAGGUUCAGAAAUAUUGAUAAAUCUCUACUGCGUCAUCCCUCAUCAAGAUCAUGGCCGGAGAGUUUUGGUUCCAACUUUUCUCAUGUGUUGCAGAGCAGGAGCAAGAACAAACUAGAAGAAGGCCCCGGAUUGAUCGGUCUAUGAUUGGCGAACCUAUGGAUUUCAGACAUACAGGACAUGUUGGAUCAACAGAUUUAGGGUGUAUCCCGUCUUUUCAGUCUCAGAUGAGCGGGAAGGGAGGAGAGCAAGUCAACCUUCAGAUCAGAUGUUUAAUUCAGGUUCCUCAAAUUUUGAAUGCGAGAAGCAUACACGAAUUACAAAGACAUUCCAUCAAGGCGUGAUGGAACUUAACUUACUAACUAAAAAUCAGUAGCUGUAUACAUUUGUACGAUAGAGAAUUGAAAAAUAUGAAGAUUUGCAACUGCUUCUGAAUGAUCUGCUUUCACUAAAGUAUUAUAAAUAUAAAAACAGAAACUACAUAAAUUGGACUGUUUACUUAUAUGUGAUAUAUCUUAUACAUUACAAGAAACCUUGGCCUACAGCCUGCACAAUACUUUAAUCGUGGAUGUUACUUAUUAUUUCAAAAUAAAUUAUGUUUACUCUUCGA